AUGCCACCCUGUCUCAAUUUCAUCAGCUUGAAGAAGGUCCUCGACUCAGUUGAGAAGGAAGAAGGCCACGGAAGCUUUGGACAACCAGGGCAUCCCUACUCAGUACAUAAAGCCACCCUCGAGAACGCAAUGCGAAAGUUGGAAUGGGACGACAUGGGAGUGAAGGUUGAUGGUCGGCAGCUACACCAUUUGCGCUUUGCUGAUGACAUCGUACUGAUAACACCUAUUCUCAGCCAAGCGGAACGAAUGCUGACCGAAUUCGACGAAACAUGUGGAUGCAUCGGUCUUUAG